AUGGAAUCUUCUCAUAGAGCGGUCAAGGAGAAGGCCGAUGACGCUAGCCACGUUGAAGACAAAUAUGAAGUUGCAAUGUCUGACCCAGAAAGCCCUUCUACGCCCGCUGAAGAGGGCGAUGAUGGCAAGGUUACAUUGAAAAUGAAACUAGCUGUGCUAUCGCUCAUUCUGAUGUACGAGGCAUAUCUAUUUACUCUUAUUAUAUGGAACCUUGGAGCGGCCAUUAUUGUCAGUAUAGGCGGACGUAUCUCAGACAUCACAGGCCGGCGGUGGUUUCUCAUGUUCGGUGCCGUCUCGGCCGCCGUCGGUGCCCUGGUCGGUGCUACAGGAAAGAGCAUCAACCAAAUGAUUGUUAGCGGCAUUAUUUUCGGAAUUGGGGGAGGAUUCCAGGAGAUGUGUUUCGCUUGUGCUCAAGAGCUCGUUCCCAACAAGUGGCGAUUCCAGACUCUCGGCGUGAUGAUUCUUUCAAAUCAUCUGAGUUCGAUAUCCCCAAUUCUCGGAUACGUGUUCAUUGCCUACACAAAAAUAGGCUGGAGGGCCUGCUACUGGUGGUGUUUUGCAUGGGAGGCUGUUACAGCCAUCAUGUUAUUUUUCUUCUACCACCCACCGACUUUCGAAACGAAGCAUGCUGGUGACGGCAAGAGCAAAUGGCAACUUGCGAAAGAAAUCGACUACGUCGGUCUGAUCCUCUUCACUGCUGGAUGCUUGCUCCUAUUGCUCGCUCUGAACUGGGGAGGGGGCCAACACCCAUGGAAUAGCUCAUGGGUAAUUGCACCCAUCGUCGUGAGCUUCGUAUGCUUUAUCGCGCUCGGAUUCUGGGAGGUCUACAUGCCUUUGUCGUAUCCCAUCCUCCCACCUCACUUGUUUCGAGAGUGGCGCAGGUUCACAGCCUUUCUCGUCGUUUGCUUCGUUGCUGGCAUGCUCUACUACUCAAUGAAUGUCAUCUGGCCCCGCCAAAGCGCGCUCAUGUUCAUUCCUCAAGGUGGCGAUCCGAUCAUCAAGGGCGUCUAUGCCAAUAUGGUUUCGUUUGGCAGCAUGAUUGCUGGGUGGUACUGCGUCAGCUUGAUGCCGUGGCUCAAGCACGAGAAGUGGCAGUUGGUUGCCUGCAUCACGAUACAAACAGCUCUGGUAGGCUCACUUUCUAGCGUCGGCCUUGCAGACAAAGGCCAAGCGAUUGCUACAGUUAUUCUGGUAGCAACUGUCAACUUACCACCAUCCCCCUUGUCUUUCGGGAUGGUAUCUCUACAUCUUGAGGACCAGACGGAUAUCGGAAUUGCCGUGGGUUUAAUCAGCACUUUUCGACUGAUUGGAGGAGCGGUAGCUACUGCUAUCUAUACCUCGAUCCAGAGCAGCCGGUUUGCCCAGGUGUUGCCUGGCCAAGUCCGUUCAGCAGCUGAAGAGUCCAAUUUUGCUGGGUCAGUAGAUCAGUUGUUGCUGGCAGCACGAAAGAACACGGUCGCCGCAUAUCAGACUGUCGAAGGAAUUACUAACUCGACAAUCACGGCUACCCAGAAGGCAGUUUUGGAGUCAAAUUCGCAGUCAUAUAGUAUGGUGUAUCUGAUUGCAAUUGCCUUUGGGUGUGUUGCGAUAUGCUCUGCGCUGAGUGUGAAAUCUAUCGACGCGUCCCAGCGAUCGAACAAGACAGCGGCCAAGUUGGAGAAUGCAGGUUCGGAUGGAAAGAUCAUCGACGGAAAUCUACGCUAG